AUGCCAUGGAAAGACCAAUGGUCGUCGACGGCCUUGAUCGCAGUACUUGCCAGGAAAGGGCAUAUGCAAGAUGCGAUUAAUGCGUUUCAGGCAAUGAAUCUCGAGGGGAUUUCACCGGACGAGAUCACUUUUAUUGCAAUCCUGAGCGGUUGCAGCCACGUGGGGAAGAUCAUUUAUCCUCGAGAACACUUCCUGUUGAUCCAAUCAGACUUUGUGAUCGACCCAAUUGUGGAUCACUACAGUCUCGGAGAUGAUGGAGCUGCUGAGUUUGUUGUUCGUCAAGGAAACCAAGGUUCUUUUGAUGCAUUUCACAUGGUCUUCUAUGGGACUCUUGCCAACAUCUUUUCUUUGCUUGUUGUUGCUGCAGCACAAGAUCGAUGCAGGUGCUGGCUCCGUGGUGCGCCGCCAUGCCCAGGACCGCCCCCACCAGGACCGCCCCCACCAGGAUGCACGGAAAGUCCCAGUUCAAGCCCAAAGGCGAGUCCAUCUCCAAAGACCAGCCCCGCUCCAAGCCCAUCUCCUCCAAAGACCAGCCCCGCUCCAAGUCCAACUCCUCCAAAGACCAGCCCCGCUCCAACUCCGAAGGACAGUCGCAAGGCAUCAGGUGCUACAGUAUAG